AUGCCUGCGGCAGCGGCAGAGGCUCCGGCGGUCGCACUCUCCUUCGCAAAUAACUUCUGGGGCAAGGACGACGCUGGCGUCGGCCCUCUGCUUGGGCGAAUGCAUGGUGCGAAGCAGACUUGCGAUGAAUUAAAGUCCUUCUACACUGCUCGUGCAUCGAUCGAAGAUGAAUACGCGCGGAAGCUCCUCAACCUGUGCCGGAAGUCGCUGGGUUCCCAGGAAAUGGGAACGCUCCGGACUUCGUUAGAUACCGUCCGAGGCGAGAUGGAAUCCAUGGCCAAGCAGCACCAGAGCAUCGCCGCACAGAUGAAGACGGAGCUCGAGGAGCCGCUGGCAGCAUUUGCAGGUGGUAUGAAGGAACGACGAAAGAUUGUGCAAAACUCGGUCGAGAAGCUGCUGAAGACGAAGGUUCAGCAGACGCAGCAAGUGAACAAGACACGAGACAAGUACGAGCAAGAGUGUUUGAAGAUUAAAGGCUACCUCGCCCAGGGACACAUGGUGAUGGGCCAAGAGGAGCGUCGAAACAAAGCCAAGUUGGAGAAGACGCAGAUCACACUCGUCACGGCUAACACGGAAUACGAAAAUGCCGUCAAGGCGCUGGAAGACACGACGGCACGAUGGAACAGAGAAUGGAAGGCCGCCGCGGACAAAUUCCAGGAUCUCGAGGAGGAGCGACUGGAUUUUACGAAGAACAGCCUCUGGACAUUUGCCAACGUCUCGUCGACGGUAUGCGUCAGCGACGAUGCCUCCUGCGAGAAGAUUCGGCUGUCUUUGGAGAAAAUGGAGGUCGAAAAGGACAUUGCCGGAUUCAUUACCGAACGGGGCACCGGCCAGGAAAUUCCCGACCCGCCCAAGUACAUCAACUUCUGUCGCGGAGACGUCACCGACAGUCAGUCGGAGGUGUCAGAGGACGAGAGCUAUUCCGUCGCUCAGUUCCCUCGCAGCAUCAACCCGGCCUUCCGAUCGUCCUCUCCACAACCAUCCAUGUAUGAGUCGCACCAUGAUCCAAGCUCAACGCUGGCCAAGAACCUGGCCCACAAAGAUGUCGGGCCAUCGGCGAGCCGUGAAGCGACAGUGACGCCUCAGAAGGCUCAGCCGCCGCCGCGGAGAAUGACGGUGGGCGAAGCACAGCACCCUGCGCAGCCACCAGCAUCGCAGGUGCAAUACGAUGCUAAUCAGCACGGGCCGUUGGCGGCUGUUCCUCACGACCCGUACCCGAUGGAUGGGAUGACAAUGCUGUGCCGGACGGAAGUCCCGUCUGACCGAGGCUCCCAGCUGGCGUCUAACAGGCCGUCAAGCCAGGAGUCGUACAGCGAGUACUCCAACCCAACGUCCUUUUCCAGCCAGGAUGCUCCCAGCGGGAAGGCAUCCCCUGCGAAGCAGGACUACGGGCAAGUGACGACUCCCGAUAAGAGAGUGAUGAAAAAGAAGAGCGGCUUCUUCCAGGGCCACAGCCCAUUCCGACGGAAGAGCACGAAGGAAGUUCAGGCGCCGGCCCAGACUAGCCGGGGCACAUGGCGGGCUGCCACGGCGCAAAAUAACGGCCAUGGGCAGCGCACGACGAGCCCCGAACCCAUCGACGCCAACGCAAGCCUGGCGCUGGGCGUUGGCCAGAAUGUGCUCCCAGUCGCCGAUACGCACAGAAGGCCCGGUCGAGCGCCGGCUCCGGAAGUGGAUGCGAGCGAUCCGAUCGCCGUUGCCCUCGCGGAACUCAAGGAGGUGAAUUUGGGCAAGCAAUCUUCGGUCCGAAUGUCGGCGGACCAUUACCAUGGCAUCGCGACACCAGCGCCGGGUGCAGAAAGUCGGACGCCUCGAUCCGUUCCCGUUCCUGGGAGCCACGACGUCGCGAGAGUCAAUCGCGGAACCCCCCCUCCCUCGUACCAACAUCCUGCGUCGAUGUCGAGGCUUGGGGUACCACCGCCAGCCGUGACGUCGAAGGCGAUGAAGCAGGCGACGAAGAAGGUGACGGAGCAGACGCGCGCCGUCUUCGGAAACGGCCAUAGGGGGGAUGCGGGAAGUCACGGUGCGUCCGCUGGUUCGCGACCGGGCACUCGUGGAAACGACAUGCCGAGAACAGCGUCGCCUGCCGCGGCUCGAAGCGCGUCGCCUCAGCCGUCGUACAUGAACAACGAGAUGCGCGGAGGGUACAGGUCGGACAGAUCGGCGUCCCCCAACCCCUACGGCGGUCAGCACGGAAACACGUCCCACGCCAGCAUGUCCCAGAAGCGCGCAACGGAACACGGCAACUACGGAGCGCCCUCCCCCAGCGGAUCCGGUAGAGGCAUGUCCCCUUCGACCCACCGGGAUUACAGCCGACCGCAGAGCAGCUACGGCGGAGGUGACAUGGCGGUACAGUUGGCGCAUGACGACCCGUACGGAUCGCAGAGAAGCCGAGGAUCUGCUCGAUCCGACUCUCGCGCCAUGGGUUUGUACGACGGAGGCGCAUCUCGGCCACGAAGCAAGAGCGUUGCUGACCCGUCGAGACAAUACUCGCGAGAUGGUCGGCCGAUUAUGCACUUUGCACGGGCCUUGUACGUGUAUCAGGCAGCUAUCCCGGAAGAACUGGGCUUCAACAAAGGGGAUUACCUCGCUGUGUUCCGUCACCAGGAUGAUGGCUGGUGGGAGGCUGAGGUCCAUGGCGGAAACGGUGGUUCUGGGCUGGUCCCAAGCAACUAUCUUCAGCCGUGCUAA